UGGCCAAACGAAUCGCAAACCCCAUUCAGGUGACCGUCCCAUGCCACCAAUCACUUCAUAUCCGGGUACGCGCCAAGUUGCCAACGCAUCAGUCGGCAUCGGGACCUUAAAUGCCGUCCAUGACUUUAUUUUUACGGUGACAUACGAUGAUUCCCCCCCAAUCCUUCUUUGCGCUCAUAACACUACAACUACCUGACCUGCGCAUAUCUGACAACACGCAUCUUUUCCUCAGUGCCACGUCUCGGGCCAAGACGUGGCACCAAUAUAAUGAAAUAUGCUGGCCAAGCCCCAUUCAGGUGACCAUCCCAUGCCACCAUCACUUGAUAUCCGGAUACGCGCCAAGUUGCCAGCGCAUCAGUCGGCAUUGGGACCUUAAAUGCUGUCCAUGACUUUAUUUUUACUGUGACAUACGAUGAUCCCCCCCCAAUCCUUCUUUGCGCUCAUAACACUACAACUACCUGACCUGCGCAUAUCUGAUAACACGCAUCUUUUCCUCAGUGCUGCAGCUUGUCUCAGUGUCAUAGGAGUGAUUGCUCGGGUUUGCCGUCCUAAAUCGGAGAGGGACCUUCCUCUCCCACCUUCCCCUCCCACUUGGAGACUUGGGGGGCACUUGGUGCCACCUCGCAGAUCAGAUCUCACUAUAGCAAAAUGGAUUGACGAGUACGGUCCUGUUAUCACCAUUCGAUCAAAAUUCCAGAAGAUAGUUUUUAUCGGCCGUUACAAAGCCGCCGUGGAAAUCAUGGAGAAUCAGGGAAAAUUUCUAGCUGACCGUCCUCGCAUGCCUUCUGUCGCAAUAGCUAGCGGCGGAAUGGGCCUCACAUUUGCUCCCUUUGGGGAGAUGUUCCGUCGGAUGCGUAGAGCGCUUCAUUCGCAUCUCCAACCUAAAGCAGCUGAGGCCUAUCAGCCCCUGCAAAUGUCAAACGUGAAGAACAUGGUUCUUGCCAUUCUCAAUGAUCCAGACAACAUUCAGAACCAUGUGCUAAGUUUUUCUGCGACGACAAUCACGAAAAUUGCAUAUGGGAAGAAUACGCCCACGGCUGCGACUGAUCCCACCGUCCUUGAAGUUCAAAGACUCACUGUAAUGACUAGGGAAAUUCUGCGCCCUGGUUCUUACCUGGUAGAUGCGAUCCCGUGGCUCAGAUACCUUCCUUGGUAUGGCCGGGACUUAAAGCUGAUGUUUAAGAGGAUCAAGAAACUCCACACUGGUCAGCUGAACCGCGUGAAAGAGCAAAUGCAUGACAACAAUGAGGACAUUGGCCCCUCGUUUUCGAAAUAUAUGCUAGAAAAUAGCCAUCUCUAUGGUAUGACAGAGACUGAGAUGGCCUACCUUUCUGGUGUCUUUUUUGGAGCUGGAACGCAAACGACUAGUUUGGCAAUAUGCACAGUGCUCAUGGCAGCCGCAUGUUUCCCCGAGGAGCAAGCUAAAGUUCACGCCGAGCUCGAUGCGGUCAUCGGAAGGCACCGAGUGCCGACCUUUGCCGACCAAAAAUCUCUUCCUCUCCUACAAGCAUUCAUCACUGAGGCUUUGAGAUGGAGACCCUCGGCUACCGGUGCAUUGCCUCACCGAACAACCAAAGACGAAAAUUAUCGUAUUCCAGCUGGGACCACAGUGUUCGGUAACCUUUGGUCUAUCUCUCAAGAUCCAGACGUAUACCCGGAGCCUGAGGCGUUCAAGCCUCAGCGUUGGAUCGGCGACCAAGGUAAACCGAGAGACGAUAUAAAAUUCUUUGUCUUCGGGUUUGGUCGGCGCGUAUGCCCCGGUCAACAUGUAGCGGAGAGAUCGGUAUUCAUGAGCGCCCUCCUUAUUCUUUGGGCCUUCCGACUCACUCUGGAUCCUACGAAACCAUUAGAUAACAUGGGGUACAUGAUUGGGACGAUGCCAGAUGUCCGGCCGUGCUUUUAUGAGUUUGAGAAGAGAAUUCCGGAAACGGAGCUCAGGCUCAUGCUGCAGAAUUAUCCUGAGGCUAAAUGA